UCCCCUGCCUCUGCCUGCCCCGUGCGGUGCCACAGCGCCUCCUCGGCAGGCUGCCACCGGGAGCUGACUGUCCCCAGGGCGGGAAUCCUGUGCUCCUUCUGUGCCCAGAGCUCACCAUGUCAGCCAACGUCACCCUGAAGCCGCUCUGCCCGAUCCUGGAGCAGAUGAGCCGCAUCCAAAGGCACAGCAACUCCAGCAUUCGCUACAUGGACCACGCCUCGGUGUUGCUGCACGGGCUGGCCUCGCUGCUGGGCCUGGUAGAGAACGGGCUCAUCCUCUUCGUGGUGGGCUGCCGCAUGCGCCAGACCGUGGUCACCACCUGGGUGCUGCACCUGGCGCUGUCGGACCUGCUGGCCACCGCCACCCUGCCCUUCUUCACUUAUUUCCUGGCCGUGGGCCACUCGUGGGAGCUGGGCACCACCUUCUGCAAGCUGCACUCGUCCAUCUUCUUCCUCAACAUGUUCGCCAGCGGCUUCCUGCUUAGCGCCAUCAGCCUGGACCGCUGCCUGCAGGUGGUGCGGCCCGUGUGGGCGCAGAACCACCGCUCGGUGGCCGCGGCCCACAGGGUCUGCCUGGGGCUCUGGGCCCUGGCCGUGCUCAACACUGUGCCCUACUUCGUGUUCCGGGACACCAUCCCGCGGCUCGACGGUCGCAUCAUGUGCUACUACAACGUGCUGCUCCUGAACCCUGGGCCCGACCGCGACGCCACGUGCAACUCGCGCCAGGCGGCCCUGGCCGUCAGCAAGUUCCUGCUGGCCUUCGUCGUGCCGCUGGCCAUCAUCGCCUCGAGCCACGCGGUCGUGAGCGUGCAGCUGCGCCACCGCGGCCGCCCGCGGCCCAGCCGCUUCGUGCGCCUGGUGGCGGCCGUGGUGGCGGCCUUCGCGCUCUGCUGGGGGCCCUACCACGUGUUCAGCCUGCUGGAGGCGCGCGCGCACACCCAGCCCGCGCUGCGGCCGCUCGUGUGGCGCGGCCUGCCCUUCGUCACCAGCCUGGCCUUCAUCAACAGCGUGGUCAACCCGCUGCUCUACGUAUUCACCUGCCCCGACGUGCUGCACAAGCUGCGGCGCUCGCUGCGGAGCGUGCUGGAGAGCGUGCUGCUGGACGACAGCGAGCUGGGUGGGCUGGGCAGCGGCCGCCGCCGCCGCCCCUCCGGCCCCCGCCCGGGCCCCGCCGCCCGCCCGCCGCCCGGGUCCGGGCCCGCGCGCCUGCUCGCCUGGCUGUGGGGCGGCCACACGGCGUCCGCGCAGCGGGCCCGCUCCAGGUCGCAGGACGAGAGGGGCCCCCUGAACCGGGCGCUGAGCACCAUGUCGGGGUAG